AUGUCAAUUAAGAUCGCUGCACGUAUGGUUUCACUGGCGUGUAUCGGUGUAGCGGUGUGCAACGUAAUACUCGCAACGACACGAGGCAGUGCUAUUGCGGUCUAUUCGUGGACAUCGUUCGCAUUUGCAAUGGCCAUAUUUGGUUGUCUUGUUUACGGGGUUUUCAAAGAGAAACGUGAUUUUAUCCUGCCGUACCUUAUUUUUCAGGUGGUCGCGAUUCUGUUGACCGUUUUAUCGACAGUCGUGUUCAUAGUUGGACUUGCGAUAUCAAGCAAAAUGCUGCCCGAAUUGGCUGAAGAGAUGGCUGGAAUUGAUACUAAUAUCAGCACAAAUCCAAACGCUAUCAGCGAUCUUCAAGCAUUCACGAUACUCAUUGUGUUGUUACAAUGCACGACGCUGCUCAUGGAAGUUUGGUCAUUGGAUAUCGUUUAUCGUUUCCGUGAAUUCCUCAAAGAUCGCGAGAAUUCGUUUACGUUCAAUCUGGAAAGUGUUUUUCAAACACCGCACACCAUUUACGGUGCAAGUGUUGAUGAAUUGGAGGUUGUUAAUGAUUUGGAUGGCUUCAAGUAG